AGCUUACAUAAAGGGACAAGUGGAGCCAGAGAGGCCACAGUGCUCAUACUUACAAGGUUGGAGCACAGGGCACCAGACAUCAUGAAUUGGUCCUUGCACCCCCGGAGUUUAAUCCUCUACUUCUACACUCUUCUGUUGUUCUCUUCAACAUGCCUAGCUUAUGUUGCCACCAGAGACAACUGCUGCAUCUUAGAUGAAAGAUUUGGUAGCUAUUGCCCGACUACGUGUGGGAUUGCAGAUUUCCUGUCUAACUACCAAAACGAAGUAGAAAAGGAUCUCCAGUCCUUGGAGGACAUCCUAAGUCAAGUUGAAAACAAAACCUCAGAAGCCAAAGAACUGAUCAAGACAAUCCAAAUCAACUAUAAUCCUGAUGAGCCCACAAAACCAAAUGGUGUGGAAAGCGCCACCAAGAAUUCCAAGAAAAUAAUGGAAGAGGUUUUGCAAUUUGAAGAAACGAUUCUGUCACAUGCGUCAAGUAUUCGAUUUUUGCAGGACAUAUAUAAUUCAAAUAAUCAGAAGAUCGCUACCCUGAAACAGAAAGUAGCCCAACUUGAAGCUCAGUGUCAGGAACCUUGCAGAGACACAGUGCAAAUAUCUGAUAUAACAGGGAAAGAUUGCCAAGAUAUUGCCUAUAAAGGGGCCAAACAGAGUGGGCUUUACUUUAUCAAACCUCUGAAAGCUAAGCAGCAAUUCUUAGUCUACUGUGAAAUUGAUGAAUCUGGAAAUGGAUGGACUGUGCUUCAGAAGAGGCUCGAUGGCAGUGUGGAUUUCAAGAAGAACUGGAUUCAGUACAAAGAAGGGUUUGGACAUCUGUCUCCCGAUGACACCACAGAAUUUUGGCUGGGAAAUGAGAAGAUUCAUUUGAUAAGCACACAGUCUACCAUCCCCUAUGCGUUAAGAGUGCAGUUGGAGGACUGGACUGGCAAAACCAGUACUGCGGACUAUGCCAUGUUCAGGGUGGGACCUGAGAGUGACAAAUACCGCCUGACAUAUGCCUACUUCAUUGGUGGAGAUGCUGGGGAUGCCUUUGACGGCUUUGAUUUUGGUGAUGAUCCUAGUGACAAGUUUUUCACAUCCCACAAUGGCAUGCAGUUCAGUACCUGGGACAAUGACAAUGAUAAGUUUGAUGGUAACUGUGCUGAACAGGAUGGAUCUGGUUGGUGGAUGAACAAGUGUCAUGCUGGUCACCUCAAUGGAAUCUAUUACCAAGGUGGCACUUACUCAAAAGCAUCUACCCCUAAUGGUUAUGAUAAUGGCAUUAUUUGGGCCACUUGGAAGUCUCGUUGGUAUUCCAUGAAGAAAACCACCAUGAAGAUAAUUCCAUUCAACAGACUCACCAUCGGACAAGGGCAGCAGCACCAGCUUGGGGGAGCCAAACAGGCUGGAGACGUGUAAAAGACCAUUUCAAAAGUGAUUUACUUUUUCAAAAGGACUUUAUUUGAACAGAUAAAUGUAAUAUUUUUCAUAUGGGACAAUGGACUUGUAAAGCCUCACUUCGUUUUAAGAGAACAAAAACCCAGGUUGAAAACUCCACUGACAGUUUUAUGCUGGUGAUAAUUUAUCUACAUGCCAUUUCAAUAAACUUUUGUUUCCUAAGAUUA